AUGGCCAGGAUUAGUGGCUAUUAUAGUAAUAGUCUCCCGUCCCCCUCAGCACGUGUGCCAAAGCUUCAGGCGAGUCCGGCCCCGCCCCGGCCCCGCUCCACCCCAGUCCGGUUCCACGUCUUGCGCCCGCCGCCCCCCCUCACUCGUCAAUCUCCCUCUGUCUCUUCUCAACCGGCGCUCAGCUACGCUCUCCUCGUGCAUUUAUCCUUCCCCUUGUCGUCGUUCUCCUCGCUCGUGGCUCUUCCGUUACGGCCUCUCGCUUUCCCCGCGUUCCCCGGGAAGGCCUCUUCUUGCUGCCGCCUCCCGCAGUGUUCGGCCGUUUCAUUCCAAAUACUUUAUCAACUUUUAAAAGCUCGCUCACCGUGGCAAGUUAAAGUGAUAGCCUUGAAGUGUAGAGGAAAGCUGUAUUUGCGCAUUCUGAGAGAAGCCAAACGCCAUUCACGCGAGUGGGAAGCGGAUACAGCAGCGCGCCAUGCAGGAGAGUGUUCGAAGGCAAAUCCAAAACAAAUGGGUUUGGCGCGGGGAGGAGGAGGAGAGAACGGGUGCCGCGAGAGCUCGAUGCCGACGGAGAAAAGCGUUGGCAGCGAGCGUUGGCGGGCGCCGGUCGGCUCCGGCGACGGCGCGUCGUCCGCCACCCGACCGCAGGCUACGAAAUUUACGAGGCGCUGCGGUGGUCGCGGUGCGUGCGCGCGGUCGCCUGGUCAGCCAGCGCCCCCCCCCCAUGGCCGCGCGUCAAUCAUGGCGUGGUCGCUACCGUACACCGUGACGACUCACUUCGCCCUCAGAACCUGCACGCACUACACUCCGUUCGAAGCAAACCGAGCUCAGGGUUGGGCAUUUCAUGUGGCUGAUCGUUACAGAAAACGCUCGGCUGCCGCGCCUUCGCUGCCCGAGUGCGGCACUCCCGCAGCUCCUGAACAAAUCCUCUCUUGGGCAUCAUUUCGUUCAAAAUGUUUCAACAGAAGGGUGAGGAUAGAAGGCAGGAUAGAAGUAUCAAUGUUUUAUCACAGGGUGUCUCGGAAAUUGCAUUCCCAGCCAUCACGCAGACAACUUUUAUCGAAGGAUCUCACAAGUUUAAUUUCUAUUACGAUGUUAGGGGCAAUUGGCAACGUUAGAAUACCGAAUUCGUUCCAGUGCAGAGCUCCGCGCCGGUGGUUGCCUCAUCGGAUCCACGAGCGGCAGGGUACGCGCCAAUCGGCACAGCAGAGCGAGCGCGAGGCGCUAUGGGCGCGACGCGGUACGGCGGCGGCGGCGGCGGCGGUGUGUUUCCUAGCAAGAACGGAAACUAAUGGGACAGUGACUGAUGAUCUAUGUGAAACAGAUGUGUCGGAAACUGGAAUAAGCAUCAAGCCUAAUGAAUACUUUUUAAACGAUGAGGAAGACGGAAGGAAUGGAGAAUCAUUUCCUGAGUUAUUUCGCCGCGAUAAGAUUGUUUGGGAUGGAUGCGAGCGGCACCGCCCUCCGUGGGAGAAAAUUCGCAGGCACUGCGGCGAUCUGUGCACCUCGAAGGAGGCCGAAGCGAAGCCGCUGUCAGCCUGUGGCGCCCCGCUCGUUCGGGGCGGCCGUCGCAGCCGGGCUGGCUCGCCGCUCGAACCACGGACAGGUCCUAAACCUGUAACAUGGCAAGCAGGUGGCAAGAAUCUUCACCGUUUUAGAUUCAAUGCACACGGUCCGUUUCAUUUCUGUGCUGUGAACGAUCUCACGUUGAAAUUACGUUUCGAACCCAACAUUGCAAAUAAUAUUAUGCAAUCGUGUUUUGUAUUACAAAUCACUCGCCCCAAAUACCGUUCAAGAGACGUGGAACUUACUGAAGAAAAUCGAGGAUGUGGUCAAAUGUUUCAGAUAAUUGUCAGAUUGGGGAGGGAGUUGAAAAACAGAAAACAAGUGGUGCACGAAAAUCUUGAUUGGUUGAAGGUCUCAAUUAAAAAAGAGAAUGAAUUAAAAUUUACGAAGAUAAUACUCGCGUCAUGGCCCCAUUACGCUACUACUGACAGCGAGCCGCUCGCAAAGGCAGCGGCUGUGCGCUUUGGCUUCCCAGUUGGCACGGGUCACUCGUUCGCUCGUUCCCUUGCUCGUUCGCUAGCUCGCCAGCCCGCCAUCCGAUAG